AUGAUGUUUACGGAUGAAAAAAUUUUUAAUCGAAAUGGCUAUUUAAAAUCAAAAAAUGAUGUUAUAUGGGCGAACAGUAAAUCAGAAGCAGAUGUGGACAAUGGAAUUUAUGCAAAAGAAAAAUUUCCUGUUUUAUUUAUGGUUGCAAGGGGUGCUACAUGGAAUGGAUUGACGACUCCUUACUUUUUUGAAACGGAUGAACAUUUAAAUGGUGAAAUGUAUAGUAGAAAAUUACUAUCAUUUUACAAGGUCGAAGGUGAUCGAUUAUUUGGAGAUCAAAAUUGGUGUCUGCAACAAGAUGGAGCAAUAUCUCAUACUAAUCGAUGGCCUCCAAACUCACCAGAAUUAAAUCCAUUAGAUUAUUCCAUCUGGGACAGUAUUAAUAAGAACAUUGAUUAUGAAAAAGUUCAAACGAAAGAUGAUUUAGAAAAAGAAAUUAUGAAAUCUUGGAAAAGCAUUGACAUGGAUUAUGUACGACAGGUUAUUGGUGCAUUUCUUCGAAGAGUUUAUUCGGUUGCAAAACAUAACGAUGGGCUGAUUAUCGAUGAACAGUCUCGAUACUUAUGA